GCGCGGGAGUCGCUGUCCGCGGAACCGAUAUGCAGGCGGCGCGGGCCGGCGCGGGGCGGCCGGGCCGGGAGGGCCGUGGGCUGGAGUGCGAGCGGGAGCGGCCGCCGGGCGCAGGAGUCGCCAUGCCCCUCGGGCCACCGUGCGCCUGGCCGCCCCGCGCCGCGCUCCGCCUGUGGCUGGGCUGCGUCUGCUUCGCGCUGGUGCAGGCGGACAGCCCCUCGGCCCCAGUGAACGUCACCGUCAGGCACCUCAAGGCCAACUCCGCAGUGGUCAGCUGGGAUGUCCUGGAGGAUGAGGUUGUCAUCGGGUUUGCCAUCUCUCAGCAGAAGAAAGAUGUGCGGAUGCUCCGCUUCAUCCAGGAGGUGAACACCACCACCCGAUCGUGUGCUCUCUGGGACCUGGAGGAGGACACAGAAUACAUCGUGCACGUGCAGGCAAUCUCCAUCCAGGGCCAGAGCCCAGCUAGUGAGCCUCUGCUCUUCAAGACCCCACGUGAGGCCGAGAAGAUGGCGUCUAAGAAUAAAGGCAAGCCUGGGCAUGCUAGAGUCCCAGGGUGGGGGCAGUUAGGCGAGGGCGGUUGGGCAGAGCAGGGAGGAAGCAAAGCACCUCAAAAGAUGGAGGUUUGCUUUGGUCCCCCAGGAGGAGACUGGUGUGUAAACGUCCUCCUUUGGAUUGAGUCCAAACGCUGCCACCCCAAGCAGCCUUCACGAUGUUCCUGGAACUCUUCAUGUUCCAGGAACUUCUUCUUGUGGGCUUGGCCCCGGAGGAAUGGCUGGGGAGGAAAGGAGCCCAGGACUAGCUAAUCUCUCCCCACAGAUGAGGUGACCAUGAAGGAGAUGGGGAGGAACCAGCAGCUGCGAACAGGCGAGGUGCUGAUCAUCGUUGUGGUCCUCUUCAUGUGGGCAGGUGAGUCAGGCGUCCAGGUCCAGGUCCUUCUUCACUGACCCCUGAGGAACUGAGGGC